AUGUCGUUAUUUAUCAUCGUGAAUGUCGGAGCCACCCUUUCACUGCUGGCGCCUUCACCUCUCGAGUUGCCGGCUCCUCUCGGUGCCGCCGUGUCGGGAUACGGCGCUGCCCUCGUCGCGCACCCUCUCGCGACCAAGGGUGCGACCGCGCUGGCGCUCUCCGUCAGCGGCGACGCGGUGACUCAGGUUGCCUCCCGUGAACCGGAGCGGGGCGACAGCGAGGCCAGGGGCGAGUGGUUUGACGCACGCCGCAACCUCGGCUUUGGCGCCUUCGGAGGGGCGUACGGCCUCGUGCAGGGCGCACUCUUCGACGUGCUAAACGAGAGCCCGGCGGUCGCCGCCGCGGCAGCAGCUCUGCAGCAGGCGCACCUCGAGGCGGCUGUGCCGGAUCGGCUCGGCGCUGCGCUCGUCAAGACGGCGACGAUGCAGUUCGUCGCGGCGCGCUACCCUCCCUCCGAGGCGGUCGAGUACGCGCGCGCGCAGAUCCGGCCGCUCCUCCUCCGCUGCUGGUCCUUCUUCCUCCCGCUGCAGCUGUCCAACUUUGUCCUCGUGACCUACGUCUCCCUCGGCUCCUUUGUCUGGACCUGCAUCCUCUCAUACGCCUCGUCGCCACCGCCCGCCGCCACGGCGCGCGGAGCCGCCGCCGAGUGCGAGCCGGUGAUGGAGGUGUGCGAGGUGCCCAUGGAGCCACCGCCGGGCGGGCUGUCCACCGACGACCUCCUGGUGCGACGGCGGGCGAGGCGCGGGGCGGAGUGA